AAACGAUCCACUUCAGUUCAGUUUUUUGUUUCGUCCAAGUCAGUUCUAAAUUCUAAAUCGGGAAACAUAUUCAGUUAUCUAAAAUGAGCGAUCCGAUCAAGAAAUUUUAUUGCGGGCGGGAUAUAUUUGUGACGGGUGGUUCGGGGUUGAUGGGCAAAGCUCUACUAGAGAAGCUGCUACGGUCGUGCAACGGUGUAAAUCGAAUAUUUGUGUUGUUACGUGAUCUGAAAGGACAAACUGGGCGGAGUCGUCUGCAGCAAGUAAAGGAUUCUAAGAUUUUCGAUCGUUUACGGAAAGAAGAUCCAGAUUCUUUGGACAAAUUGGUAGCCAUUCCGGGGGAUAUUACGGCCCUGGGGCUUGGCAUGUCGGAAGAAAGUGAGAAACUCAUGGAAAAUGUUUCGCUAGUAUUUCACGUUGCAGCGACUGUCCGUUUCGAUGAACCAAUAUCUAAUGCCAUAAUGUUGAAUAUAAGAGGAACGCAGGAAGCUUUGAAAUUCGCUAUGCGAUUGAAACAUUUGAAUAGAUUCAUCCAUAUUUCCACAGCCUAUACCUAUCCGUAUAAGCCCUCAUUGUAUGAAGAGGUCUAUCCAGCAAUGGCUGAUUGGAGAACCAUGGUCAAAAUUGCUGAAAAAUACGACGGAGAACUCUUAGGCGCAUUCACAAAUAAAAUACUGGGUGUUUUCCCUAACUCUUACACUUUCACGAAACACUUGGCGGAACAGCUAGUUAAGGAUUACAGCGACAAGCUUCCGGUAGCAAUAAUAAGACCAGCAAUAGUGCACUGCUGCGGAGUAGAGCCCAUGGAAGGGUGGUAUGACAAACUUCUUGCUGUCAUGGGCAUGAUGACCGCUGUGGGCACUGGUAUAGUAAGAGCUCUCUACUGCAGGCCGAGUUGCGUUAUGGAUCUAGUUCCCCUGGACGAUUGUAUAAAAAUUUUCGUUAUAUGCCCUUGGUGGAUCCAGGAGAAAGAAGCUUAUAGCCAACUGCCCGUCUUGAAUUUAUCGUCCUCGCAGAUCCGGACUUAUUCCAUCGAAACAUUAUCUACGAUCAACUGUGAGUUGCUCGAAAAAUACGCCUUCAAUAAAAUGCUGUGGUUGCCCACCUUCGGACUGACUCAAAAUAUUUGGUAUUAUUAUUUCAGGCUUUACACAUUGCACGUAUUUCCAGCAAUCAUUUUCGAUACGUUGAUUAAGCUAUCAGGGAGGCAACCAUUCUUCCUACACAUCCAAAGACGAGCUCUGGCAUCACAACGUGCUCUCCAAUUUUUCGUUUUCAAUGAUUAUAUGUUUUUCACGAAGCGUCUCUCCAUCUUGUUGGAGGCUCUCAAAGAAUACCCAGACUUCAGAUUCGAUAACCUGCUCCAUAAAACGCUGCAUGAAAUCGUGGAGAUAUCUGUAAAAGGAUGUCGCAGAUAUUUAGUGCAUGAAGACGACAGUAGCUUACCACAAGCAGUUAGGCGGUAUAAAAUAAUCAAAGUUGCAGAUUUUAUUAUCUGCAGAGGAUUCCAAUGCUGGCUUGCUUAUUAUAUUUUAGGCAAAUUCAUAUUUUAAAACUCUACCUCAAAUUAAAGCUCUCCUGUACCAAAAGCCUGGAAGGCACUUUUUUACACUUUUAUAAAAAAAAGUAUAAAACCGUACUUUUGUCGCAAAUAAAAUAAAUUAUCAAUCGAACAG